AUGGCGCCCUCGACCGCUCUGUCGCGAAGCGAGGUCUGGAGCCUCUGGGUGCUCAUCGGCACAUCCAUCGCUAUUGUCGCAAACUCGUUCCACGGCGAUGGGGAGCCGAUGGCGGUGUCUUUUGCUUUCAGUCUGUUCGCCUUUGCUGCAACAUUCAGCUUAAUACGAUGGUUGGGGCCUAGUUUCAUGAAGGUUGGACUAAAAGGGAAGGAUAUGUCCAAAGCCAAGCGGCCUGAAAUACCGGAGACCAUGGGCGCGGUGUGCGCUGUGGUGUAUCUUCUGUUAAUGAUUGCCUUCAUUCCAUUUCCUUUCUACAAGGAUAUCGUGGCCGCUACAUCUGGAGGUGGCAAUCGCGAUGUUGUCGUGCCCGUCCAGCAUGUUGAAACGGGACGUUUUCUUCAUCGCUUUCCUCACAAUAAGCUGGCAUCCUACCUCUCGGGACUCCUCUCGUUGCAAGCUAUCGUUCUGCUCGGAAUUGGGGAUGACCUGCUUGACAUUAGAUGGCGACACAAAGUUCUGAUACCAGCAUUGGGAGCAUUUCCAAUGUUGGUCGUAUACUUUGUCGACUUCGGUGUUACCCAUGUAGUAGUGCCUAUGCCACUGCAAAGAUACUUUGGGCAAAUGGUUGAUCUCGGCUGGCUUUACUAUGUCUAUAUGGCUGCUGUAACGAUUUUCUGCCCGAACAGUAUCAAUAUGCUCGCAGGAGUGAACGGAAUCGAAGUGGCACAGUCCUUGGUUAUUGCGGUUUUGCUUCUUUUCAACGACUUCUUAUACCUAGCGCCGUUUACUCCAUAUCCGAACCCAGCUAUGGAUUCACACUUAUUCUCUAUAUACUUUCUCCUACCGUUUAUCGGUGUUUCCCUGGCCCUUUUGCUCCACAACUGGUAUCCAUCCAAGGUAUUCGUCGGUGAUACAUAUUGCUACUUUGCCGGCAUGGUUUUUGCAGUUGUUGGCAUUCUAGGACACUUCAGCAAGACCCUCCUUCUACUCUUCAUUCCACAGAUGUUUAAUUUCCUCUACUCUUGCCCGCAGCUUUUCCACCUUAUCCCAUGCCCGCGACACCGUCUACCAAAAUUCAACGCUCUGACUGGUCUAUUGGAGAACUCCGUCAUCGAAUGGGUACGCCCGCCAUCACCUCUGAUCAGCACGGCCCUCAGACUCCUCCACCGGCUGCGACUGGUCGGGAUCAAGAUCAAUGAGCAAGGAGAAAUUACAGAGUCGACAAACUUGACACUGCUCAACCUUUGGAUCCUCUGGUUUGGCCCGAUGAAGGAGAACCGACUUGCACUCAGCAUUGUGCUCUUGCAAACAUUCUGUGGACUUGUCGCGCUAUUCGUGCGGCAUCAGAUGGCGUUGCUCUUGAAGGCCUUGCGGGCUCCCGGAGGUGUUGGUGGCACGACAGCCACUUAUGAUGUCCAUAGAAAACGCCGCGAGGCUCUGAGUCCUUUCUUCAGCAAACGGAAUGUGCUUUAUUUUGAGCCAGUGGUCACGCAAAAAGUUGAACAGCUGUGCCAGUUGAUCGCCAAACAUGCCGCCGAAAGGACACCUGUGAAUCUUUCAGAUGUGUUUUUUGCCUUUUCCAAUGAUGUUGCUACGAAUUUCCUCUUCGCUCAACAGGCAGACGUGAGCCCUGACUCGAUUAUCGAGCUACGACACAAAGUUUCUGAGGCGGUGAUACAGAAAGUUCGCACCCAAUUGCUCGCAAUCUUGAAAGCUAAAUCUUCAGGAACAAUCCGCGAAGAGGCCGGGGGCCCAACAGGGAAGGAGUCGGUAUAUGAUUCUGUGCUUGACAGCCCUAUCCUACCACCACCGGAGAAGUCCAUACUCCGUCUCGAGCAGAAGGGCGCACUCCUUGUCCUCGCCGGAUCCGAAUUGCCUGCCAAAUCCCUUCUCAUCCUCUUCUACCACAUCUUAGCUGAUCCCUCAAUCCUUAACAAGCUUCGCAACGAACUCAACACAGUCCCAACAUCUGCCUCCUGGACCCAGCUCGAGCAACUCCCGUAUCUUUCAGCAGCCAUCGAGGAAGCCAACCGCCUUUCCUUUGGCGUCACGGCACGAUUAGCCCGCAUCGCAUAUGAACCGCUCACCCACACCCCAUCUUCCUACGUCACCACCCUAUCCAGCACCCCUAAGCCCUACAUAUUGCCUGCCGGCACGCCUGUCAGCAUCACGAUCCUCAGCGCACGCACCAACGAAACUAUCUUCCCCGACCCAUUUCAUCUUUGA